GCGCCCCGCCGCCCCGCCCGCGUCCUUUCCGCUUCCGCCGGUGCCGGAAGUGCCGCGGAGUCGCCGCCAUGGCCUCAAGGUUACUGCGGGUGAGCGCGGCCCUGCGGCUGCUGCCCGCGGCGUCCGCCCGCGCCGCGCCCGCCCGCAGCCUCGGCGUGCCCGGGAACCUGGCCAGCGAUGAGGAGCAGGCCACCGGCUUGGAGCGGAAGGUGAUGGAGGCCAUGAACAAGGGUCUGGACCCCUACAGCAUGUUCCGGCCCAAGCGCUACGCGGGCACCAGGGAGGACCCGAACCUCGUGCCCUCCAUCACCAACAAGCGCAUCGUGGGCUGCGUCUGUGAGGAGGACAACAGCUACGUGGUUUGGUUCUGGCUGCACAAGGGCGAGGCCCAGCGCUGCCCCUCCUGCGGCGCCCACUACAAACUGAUCCCGCACGAGCUGCCCCACUGAGGGACCCCACCCCACAGUCUGAUCCCCACUGAGGGACCCCACCCCACAGUCUGAUCCCCACUGAGGGACCCCAGCCCACAGUCUGAUCCCCACUGAGGGGCAGGGGGUCCCCUCCCGGGGUCCCCCCAUAAAGAGUUUGUGUGGA